CCUCGACCUGCCCCAAUUUUGCCGGUUCUUCCAUUUCUUCCACGUCACCGCAUUCACCGCAUUCGAGCUUCCAUGACCAACGUCUCCGCAUCCGCCUUCGCUGCCGCCAAACCGCCCGUUCUUUCCACUUCGGAUCUGCCAGCCAUGGCUGCGGCGAGUGCAUUCUAGAGGGUGGUCCGCUUGUCGUGUAUCUCUGCCCGCCAUGGGACCACCCUCCCGAGCUCUACCUCUUCGCCAGCUCGAGUAUCCCGAGUGUGCCUGCAUACCACUGCGCUGGUUUUCCGCUUCGCCUUGCCUCAUCAGGCUUGACUGAACUCGCUUCGGCCCCUACCGUGCGGUCAACUACUCCUGUAUCUCUCCCCAACAGCGCGCAAAAUGCCUGCCAGUCGCACCCGGCGGAGCGCGUCCAGGGCCGUCGGGGAGCCUUCCCUUCCGACACCCGUCCACUCGAGCCAUACGACCCCUCUCAGCUCUGCCUACCCAUCGACGUACGCUUCCGAGGCCGAAAACGACGCCGGAGAUGAGGUAUCCAUGAUCCCCAUCCAUGCGUUGACGCUCUCCGACUCGGCCGCGGCUCGCCUCGAGGGCCCGGGACCCACGAAACAACAGGCGGCUCGGAAGCCUUUCCGGUUCCUGGACCUGCCGUCGGAGCUGCGCAUCGAUAUAUACGCGUUGCACUUCGAAGAUUGCGGGCCCGUCAUUGACCUAGACUCAGAUAACCACAAGCGCAUCCACAAGAAGUUGGCCAUCCUCCGGACCUGCCGGACAAUCUACCACGAGGCCUCGCAUGUGUUCUACAGCACCCACACGUUCCGCGUGUUUCCCACGCAACCCGGGCGCUUCUUCAAGACGAAGAAGCCCCUUCUCGCGCGGCUCAACGCUCGCCAGCGUCGGUCGCUGACGUCCCUGGAGCUGCGUCUCGGUCCGGGCUGGAAUGCGCCGCCGCGUGGCUGGGUCGUCAACCAGGCCCUCGGGCUUGCCGAGUGUGUCAACGUGCGCAAACUGACCGUCUUCGUCGAGUUCGAUCCGAGCCACGGCUACUUCAAGGGCUUCCGUAAGGCCGAUGGGUUCUACGAGACCUUCUCGAGAAACCUGCUUGACGAUGUCUUGGGCGAGAUGCCUUUCCUCGACCGUGUUCAUUUCGACGCUUGGAGCAGCGUCAAGAAGGCCGGCGCCUUGAUGCAGGGGCUUUUCGAGGUUGCCCGCGCUCGGGGUAGGAAGAUCUGCUGGGGUCCGGAGAGGAACUGGACGGAUUCCGACGACGCUGACGCGCCUCCGCACGCGGAGAGUGCGAUUGUUUCUCUGGGCAGCUCGGAACAACAUCUGGUUUAUUGACCGCAGCAAGCGCGCUGGCGGCAGUUGAAGUGUAUGAUUCCUACGUAUACACUGUAUAUACGAAAUAGCUAGCCGUACUUUCUUAGUCUGACACACCGCUCAAUGCCCGAACAAUCUCUGCUGCUUCG